AUGGCCGACAAACGUGUACAAAUAAAUAAUCCAAAAGGAUCAUCAUUGAGUGAUCCUCCGCAAGAAAUAUCAAUAAGCACCAUUAGAACCGGUGAUGAUUGCAUUUCCAUUGGACAAGGAGUCACUAAUGCUACCAUCUCCGAAAUCUUUUGUGGCCCAGGACACGGCCUUAGUAUUGGUAGCCUUGGCAAGUAUGAAGAUGAAGCAGAUGUUAAAGGAAUUAUGCCAUCGCCUGUGAAGAUUUCUAACGUUCAUUACAAGAACAUUGGGGGAACCUCCACCUCAAAAGUUGCAGUCAAUUUUUUAUGCAGCUCAUCUGUCCCUUGUGAAGGAAUUGAAUUGACUAAUAUUGAUUUGAGCUACGUAGGCACUAAAGAUCCUGAAUCACCCAUAUCAGCUUCAUGUACGAAUGCUAAAGUGAAGACUAGGGGUGCACAUCCACCAGGCUGUGAAGAACUUUAG